CAUGGCGCACCGAUUUAGGUUUGACCGGAGAGGCCGUGUGGUUACACCCGCACUGAAAGCGUUUUGUUUAGCCGAUCUCCCCCUCUGCCAGUAACAAAAAAAGAAAUAUACUCAGGCCUCAGUCUUGAUAUUUAAACAAUGGCGCGGACGCGCAGAAACUGAACCCGUUUUUUUAAAACGCGCUGCCAGUCAUUUGUGAUUAUUACUGUUUUAUAUCAAUAUGACCGCAAGAAACUUCACCUGGAUGUCCACGCGCGUGCGUGUAAAUGUAUGUCUGCGUGCGUGCUUGCAAGUGUACGUGCGUGUGAGUAGAGGGUGAGUGUCACGGCCCUCUGCAGACGGGGGGUUGGGUAGCAGUGCCGAUUGGUUGCUGCUCACCAACACAGUCAGUCUGGGCUUGUUUUAACAUAACCGAGGGCACUUCGACAGCAGACACAAAUCAUGUAGUAAAUAAGCUGCUGUGGCUGAUAGGGGACCGGUUGUGGCACUUUGAGUUUCGCCGCUGUGAGAUGUGGCAGCGUAAUGGAGAUUUUGUUGUUAUUUAGUAUUUAAGGUGACAGUUUUAAGAGGGCCGCCGCUGAUGAGGCGAUGAAGUGCCGAGAAUGAGAGCUGUGCCUUGGCCUACUACUAGUGCUGCUGCAGCUGGGAUUGUGCAGAUCUGCCUUCACAAAUCGAGAAAAGCACUCGCUUUGUGUCACGUUAUCAAACAUCCGCUGUUGGUUUUGCGCAGACCGACCUCGAAAUGGAUAUAGGCAUGACAACAUGAAUCAGUCGUACAGAGCGGGUCAUAGGGUAGGCUCAGUGUUUGGUUCAAGCCAGGCAGAGCUGAGGCCCUGCAAUGGCUCUGUGAGCACUUCCUAUGGAAACCAAUGUGGCAUUGUGAAGCGAGGAUCCGGCCACUCAUCAUCUGUGCAACUGCCACCUUCUAGCCUCAAACAACCUGCUUUUCUGGGCUUCAGUCAGCCAGAGCGACCACGCUGCUACAGCCCACAGAGGAGGCCAGAGCACCUGAACACUACACUCAACAGAUCUGACUUAGAUAGGGAUGCCCAUCCUCGAAACACCUUGCACUGUCCAAGCCCAAUCAGUGAUGAUGAUGAGUUCGAGGCGCCAUCAGUCCAGCUGCCUCUGUCCCCAGGUAAUGACGACAUGGAGCUUUUCCAUACUCUGCAGGAUGGCAGCAGAAAUGGCUUUUCUCCUCACAGUCCUGACAGCUUUGAGCGCUGUUCUCCCAUCCCCAAUGGGUACCUGCAUUUUGAGUCAACACUGUUUGACAGCAGUGACAUUAAGGAGGAGGAUGAAGAGGGCGAGCACGAUGGCAGUGAGGACCUCGCGCCUUUUCACCCCCCUACAAACUCAAGCCAGGACCGAACUGUUACUGAGAGUAAAACCACAAGCAAAUCAGGGGUGGACGAAAGAACAUACAAGCCUACAGUCUUUAAUCUAAUGUCCAAAACUAUUUCUGAACUGAACCCUACACUAAGCCCCAGCGCACUGCCAGAAAUCACUAUGAGAGAUGGGUGGAGUUUGGGCGGUGAAUCAGACAGUGAUAUUGAACUUACGUCUCCUGUUGACCCUGGACUUAUCUCACCAGCUGGCACCAACUCUAACUCCAACAGUCCAAAGAAAAAGCUUCCAUCUGCAGUAAAAUUCUUGGAAGGGGACUUGGUGUGGGCCAAAUUCAACAGACGGCCCUGGUGGCCCUGCCAAGUCACCUGUGACCCAGACCAAGGGAUUCACACUAAGAUGAAAGUUCCAAGUCCCCGUCCUUGUCGGAUGUAUUACCUGGAGACGAUUGGGGAGGUUGUAGAGCGAGCCUGGGUCUUGGGGAGUGUCAUUCUUCCUUUUGAAGGAGGCCAUCAGUUUGAAGAGCUUCCUGUGCUUCGACGGAGAGGGAAACAGAAGGAAAAAGACUACAAGUACACGAUUCCAAAAAGUUUGCUGACUGCAUGGAAAGUCAGUGUGGCAGAGGCUGAGUAUCUGCUCCCUGGUCGACAGAAGAAUCGUGAAAAUGCUCUUUCAGCAUCCAUCAAUGGAGAGGAUCGUAUACCCAGCCCUCUUCCCACUGAAAAGGCAGUGGAGGCCCCUUCUGUCUCCACUGACCACGUUCAACCCCCAUCACUUGCCCCCAAUAGAAAUGAGCACCAUCUAAUAAAAAACUCUACAGUUAAAGCCAACAAGAGCAAAGCUUUCACAAAGAAAAAGAAACGUUUGUCAGAAAUAUUUGGUCAUAUCAUUGGUGGAUCUAAGGAUUCCUCUGCUGUCACAAACAUGGUGGGCCAACUUCAUAAAGCAACACGUGCACUCAAAGAAGAGCCAAAGGACUCACCGUACGCUGAUCUGGAUUCAGUUCCAAUGCUGCAUCGGCCUAAACGCAUAGCAGUUUCUCCAGUACAGGAUAUAAACACAUUAGUUAGCCAGGAAUGUGGUUCAGUAAGAGCUAAAAAAUCUACAGAAAAAGUCAGCCGAUGUCCUGAUUCCACUGAUUCCUCCAGCUUUUUGAAAAACAAAUCUAAAGACAAAAACUGUGUCGAGCUGUCAUUCAGUUCAAACGAAAAGCACUCUGUGGCUCUUCUUGCCAGCAGCGGACUGAUGACAAGAGCUCUAAAAGCAGAGGAAGAGACUGAUCUCAAAGAUGCACUGGCCACACGCCAAAGCUCAACAGAAGCGCCGACUGAUGAUUCUUCUGUUAAUACACUUAUUAAUGCUACCAUGGAAACUGAAACAUCUCCUAAUUUGGAGUCCACCAGGAACAUGUCAUCACCUCUAAACCGCUGCUCUCCAAAAAGACGCACAAGGAAGCUUGAUAAGAAACUCAUUCGUAAUGGAUCAUUGAUUAAAUCAAAGCUUGAGGGCUUAAGUGAAUUGAUCAUGGAACCUGUUCAAAUUAAAAUGGAAAACAUUGUCCCAGAUCCAUCACCUACCUCACCAUCACUGGAUACCUUUCAUGAUGGUAAGGAGCUCAUGUUUAAAUCUCUUGUGAAGGACGAAAGCAGUGACUCUGAGCUGACUGUAUUUAGACCUGAUUCCAACUAUAAAUUCAGUACUUUCCUGAUGCUUUUGAAAGAUAUACAUGAUACCAGAGAAAAAGAAGGUAAACCUCUGUUGGUCCCGCCAUCGCCUGUUCUUAUCAAGGAGGAACCCCUGGUGAUCCCCACUUCAACGCAAGGUAACCCAUUAAACAGUUCCUGUGAUGGCUUAGCUCUUGGAAUCAAACUAGAAAACGGGAAGUCUGAAAUGCCUCAAAAUACUCCAACAAAAACCAAGAUAAAGAAUAAAGAAACUGUAAUGGCUGACACCUAUCAUUGUGAAGUUCUUCCUGUUCAGUCUCAGGCUGGGAGCUCAGACAAGCAGCGUAGAAAACAAAAACUUCCUGCCAAACUAAAAGUUAGAAUACCGGGUCUGUCUCUGGAUCUGGCUGACAUGGCUUAUGGCAGGGAGUUUGUCAGUGGCCACGCUGACUUGGCUGACCUUAGAUCCGAUUCUCUUGCUGCUACUGAUCCCCCCGCCAGCUACCUCGGUAAAAACUCAGAAGCGACAGUAGCUCCAAAGAAACGCUGGCAGGUGGUUGAGGAAGCUGCCGAGAUUAAGGGAGAAGUAGUAAACGAGGCAUCUGAUGAAAAGAAGGGCUCUUACACGCCGAGAGCAUCACCUGAUCUUGAUCUGGGAAUUGAGAAACCCACAGAGAAUGACUCGCAUUCCUCAGACACGAGCAGCACGGCAGGGAACUCGGAGAAUAAACGCCUCCGGAAACCAACUAAAAGACUCUUGGAGUCAACUGAAGAGUAUGAACAAAUAUUUUCCACAAAAAAGAGAUCAAAGAAACACACCUCAGAAUCUCCCAAAAUGGAGACUUCAGGGAUAACAGAGUUCCAUGAACUUGGCAUCACAGCAGGGACUGAUACCUCAACCUUGUCAUCGGUAGAGAGCACUGAGGCUCAAGGACAGCUGGAACAGAGUCCAACUCGGGAUGAGCUUUCACCUGUAGCACCAUCAGUAUGUCCUGUCACACCACAACCCUCCUCUGACACAGAAACAGCAGAGAAAACUGAUCUACCUCUUGCACCUGACACAGAAUCAAAAGUUCAAGAAAGAAAAAAGCCAAGGAAACAGUCGCACAAGGCGCUGGAUUGUACCACAGAGGAAGUGUCUGUUGUUCCUGCAAAGAAGAGGGAACAGAAGCGGCACAUAAGCAUUACAUCAGAGGUGAAGGUGUUGGUCAAGAAAACUCAGUUUACAUCUCUCAAGAAAGAGAAGCCUGCUCCCAGCCCUUGCUCAGGCCCUGCUGCUGCCUCUAAGCACUCAGAGAGCAGGUCUCCAAGUCCACAACAAUGCAAGACACCCAAUCAGGAGGUGGAGAUGGAGCCCUGCAACACUGAAGAGAGGAACAAUGCACACACUGGAACACUAACUCCCAAACCAGAGGUGCUGUUGGUUAGUUUAAAUGAUAAUCUCUCCUCCCAAGUGGAUGUGAAGGGGAAAAUAGGAGCUACAUCUUUGAAGGAGAGCGUCUGCCAGGUGUGUGAGAGGACAGGAGACCUGCUUGUGUGUGAUGGUCACUGUUAUGGAGCCUUCCACCUGCAGUGCAUCGGCCUGUCAGUAGCUCCCAAGGGAAAAUUCCUCUGUCAGGAAUGCAACACUGGUGUUUACACAUGCUUUGUGUGCAAGAAGUCUGGUAACGGGCUGAAGCGCUGCAUAAUACCACUGUGUGGAAAGUUCUACCAUACUGACUGUAUACUGGCCUACUCAGCCACACAGUCGCAUAACAAAGGCUUCCGCUGCCCCCUGCAUGUGUGUCUGUCCUGCCACAACAGCAACCCUCUCAACAUCUACAGCUCCAAAGGUCGGCUGGCUCGGUGUGUGCGUUGUCCUGUGGCCUAUCACACCAAUGAUAACUGCAUGGCAGCUGGCAGCCUGGUGCUGGCCAACAACAGUUUCCUCUGUCCAAACCACUUCACUCCCCGCAAAGGAUGCAAGAACCACGAACACAUAAAUGUUAGCUGGUGCUUUGUCUGCUCUGAAGGGGGAAGCCUGCUGUGCUGUGAAGCCUGUCCUGCUGCUUUCCACCGGGAAUGUUUAAAUAUGGAUAUGCCUCAGGGUAGCUGGUUCUGCAAUGACUGCAAAGCUGGAAAGAAGCCACGUAUAAAGGACAUACUGUGGGUGAAAUGGGGUCGUUACAGAUGGUGGCCUGCUGAAGUCUGUCUGACCAAAGACGUCCCUAAUAACAUCUUGAGGAUGAAACAUGAGGUGGGAGAGUUCCCAGUCCAAUUCUUUGGCUCCAAAGAUUUUGUGUGGACGUACCAGGCCAGAGUCUUCCCUUACAUGGAGGGUGAUACUCACAACAUAGAAAAAAUGGGCAAAGGUGCAGAUGCAGUGUACAAGAUGGCCCUGGCUGAGGCAGCAGAGCGGUUCAAAGAGCUCCAGGCAGAAAAAGAAAUGAAGCAGCUUCAGGAAGACAGAAAGAAUGAAAAGAAACCUCCACCUUACAGACACAUUAGGGUAAAUCGGCCUAUUGGGAAGGUGCAGAUAAUCACAGCUGACUUGUCAGAGAUCCCACGUUGUAACUGUAAGGCAUCUGAUGAAAACCCAUGCGGCAUCGACUCAGAGUGCAUUAAUCGCAUGCUGAUGUAUGAGUGCCACCCUCAGGUGUGCGCAGCAGGGGAACGAUGUCAGAACCAGGCUUUCACAAAGCGCCAGUAUGCACCUGUGGAGAUUUUCAGGACGAUGUCCCGUGGCUGGGGUUUACGUAGUGUGCUGGAUAUCAAGAAGGGAGCUUUUGUGAGUGAAUAUGUGGGAGAGGUGAUAGAUGAAGAAGAAUGUCGAGCCAGGAUAAGACACGCUCAGGAGAAUGACAUCUGUAACUUCUACAUGCUUACACUGGAUAAGGAUCGGAUCAUUGAUGCUGGCCCCAAAGGAAACCAGGCUCGCUUCAUGAACCACAGUUGUCAACCAAACUGUGAGACCCAGAAGUGGACAGUAAAUGGGGACACUAGAGUGGGGCUGUUUGCUCUGCAAGACGUCCCAAAAGGUGUGGAGCUCACUUUCAACUACAACUUGGAAUGUCUUGGCAACGGAAAAACUGUCUGUAAAUGUGGAGCACCCAACUGUAGCGGUUUCCUGGGUGUCCGACCAAAGAACCAACCACCAACUGAAAAAAUUAAACUGAAGGAAGGGAAAAGGAAGGGAACCAUAAAGAAAAAGACCAAGCAACAAGUGACAAAGGAAAGGGAAGAUGAGUGCUUCAGCUGUGGAGAUGGAGGGCAGAUGGUGUCCUGUAAGAAGCCGGGCUGCCCGAAGGUUUAUCAUGCUGACUGCCUCAACCUGGCCAAAAGGCCUGCAGGGCGGUGGGAGUGUCCAUGGCACCAGUGUGAUGAAUGUGGAAAAGAGGCAGCUUCAUUCUGUGAGAUGUGUCCCAGUUCGUACUGUAAGGAGCAUCGAGACGGAAUGCUCUUCAUCUCCAAGUUGGAUGGCAAGUUGUCCUGCAGUGAGCAUGACCCUUGUGGGCCCAACCCCCUGGAGCCGGGGGAGAUACGUGAAUAUGAUCCCAACAGGGCUUCCAUGAGGCCCGGGGCCAUGGCUGUGCCCCUCACUCCCUUGCUGGUGCCAGACACCAGAUCAGCCACUUCUUCUUCCUCUUCUAUCUCUUCACUUGCCAGUCAGGCAGCUCCAUCCAGGCGAGACCCUCCUCCUCGUCUCUACAUCAACACAAAAACUGCUACCUCCAGCUUCAUCCCCUCCAGCAGGUCCUACUUCGCAAGCAGAACUGAAGUGAAACCUGUCUCCAAGUUUGCCUCAUCCAAGGAUGAGAGAGAAGAUGGAGAGGUGGAGGAUGGGGAGGUAUGUGGGUUAGAUGUGGAGGAGGUGGAAGAUGAUGAUGAUGAUGAUGAUGACGAUGAUGAUGAGGACGAUGAGGAAGAAGCGGAGGAGGAGAAUGAAAUGGAGGAGAUGGAGAUAGUGGAAGAUGAGGAGGAUGAGCCACUUUAUGGAGACAGCCUGCUGGAAGAAGACGAUGAUGAAGACAAUGAGGAGGGAGGGGAUGAGUAUGACACUUGGGGUGACUCUUUGGCUGAAGAUGGCGAUGAUGGGGAGGAAUCAGAGGAAUGGGGGAGGGUAGAGGAUGAUGAAAAGUGACUGCUUCAUUGAUACUCAGCAAGAACUCUUGGUAGACAAUGACUGAAGUAAAGGAGUUAAUAUUUUGGUACCUACUUGAAUGCAACACUGCCUUCACUUUGGUACAACAUUGCCUUCUCAUCUCCAGACAGGAGUGGGGAUGUGUGCUGGUGCUAAGGCUGAACAGUUGUUUCACUCAGUCUCUUUAUAUGUCUGUUGACAUGUUUAUUUGUGUCUGGUGCUGUUUAGUUAUGUUAUUUCUCUUAACACUGUUUACAUUUUUGGCCUUUUUUUAUGUUUUGAAAAAUAAGAAAAAGGUGAGAAGUUUCAGCUGACCAAACUGUCAUCAUAAGGGCAUCUUAUGUUGUUGUUACUGUCUUAACAUUGUCUUUCUAUUUACAGGAAUGAUUGAAAUAGUGUUCUCACUGGUUUGUGUUACAGUAAGGCACAAUAGUACCUACUUGGUGCUUGUGAGGAGUGCAAAAAUAAACCCACUGGAAUAAUGGUUAGAGGAUACUUCUCAUGAAAGAAACUGUCUUGUUUUUUUUAUUAAAAACUAAAUUAAAUAUUUUUUUCUGCUCCAGACAGGUAAGUCUGAGAUACAGGGAAAUAAAAAAUAAUUAAUAAUUUUACACAACAUAAAAAUGCCAUAAGGACAAACUAAAAUUUGGGUUAACAUCCAUCACUGCUCCCGUGGCAACUAAAUUAGAAUAAAAUGGUAAAUUAUUCAGUCACUAUCCAGUGUUUUUAAUAAGACACUGGAUAAUCACAUGCAUAUGACAUAUUAAUUAAAAAAUAAUCUACAGCCUUCAUACAUGUGAAGGGAGGGUUAUUUAUGUUUGUGGGACAACAUCUGUAUUUAAUCAGGAUGUUUAACGAGCAAAGACGAGUUGCUGGUCUCUAUUAGGCCCCAGGUCUUAUAGUACUUACAUUUAUCAUGUAAAAUUUCAAAUGUACAAUUAAAGCAUAGAACUGAAUACAUCUUGACUCAGGUGCCCUCUCCAAGGCUAGGAGUCAAGAUCAUACCAGGAUCCUUCUUGCAGUUAGUGCUUUUCUUCUGGAAAUUCCUCUUUUUAAAAAAAAAAAAAAAAAAAAAAAAAAAAAGAUUUAAACACAGGAAGCUUGGAUCAUGCAUGACUUUUGGAGUUUGUGACCUUAAAAAUCAGACUCUACAUUAGGGGCACAACAGAACAAAAUCACACUCUCGUUGAACAUAACUGUUAAAUGUAAGCACAAAAUAUUUUAAAAGAGAGUCAGCUGAGGGAUUAUUGCCAACAGGAAGAAUUGAUGCUUCAUGUUUCUAGGAGAAGAAGAGGAGCUAGAACAGAAACUACAAUGGGAAGAGGCUGCCCUUCGAUUUGAGGGUUUCUGAUUUAAAGCCCCACUACUGAACUUUGGCAGAUUUGCACAC